AUGUCGUUUCGUCGACUCGUUCGAUUUCUUGACGAAGAUGGGAAGGAGAUGUACGGGGAUGUCACGGAUGAAACGCCAGUAGAGCAUUUGGAAGGUAGCAUCGUGCCGCUCUUGACUGGCAAUAUCAAGUCCGGGUUUCAUGAGUCUGGUCAGAAAUCGAAGGUUGCAAAGCUGCUGUCACCACUGCCAGAAACGCCCAUCAUAAUAUGUGCUGGUGUCAACUACAAGUCCCACGCCAAAGAGACGAAGUUUCCCCCGCCUAAGAAGCCCGUCAUCUUCGCCACCCCUCCUGACCGGCUUGCGGGCCCCUUUGAUGAUAUCCACAUUCAUCCGGAUGCACAAGAACUCCUUGACUACGAAGGAGAACUUAGUGUUAUUAUUGGAAAGGACGCAUAUGACGUAAGCGAAGAAGAAGCGUUGGACUACGUCCUCGGAUACACCGUCAGCAACGACGUUUCCGCACGCAGUCUACACGCUCCCGAUGUUUCUGGCUACCAGAUGGGCUAUGCCAAGUCCUUCGACAAGUUUGGACCGAUAGGACCUUAUGUGGUGUCUCCAACUCUCGUAUCAGACCCUCAGAAUCUGAAGUUGACGACCUAUGUAAAUGGCGACGUCCGACAGAGUAGUGACACGUCGCAGAUGAUAUGGUCAUGUCGGCAGCUAAUCUCUUUUGCUUCUCGUGGCCGAACGCUUCGCCAAGGUACUAUCAUCAUGACUGGGACGCCGGAGGGGGUCGGGUGGCAUACAAAUGGCUGCCUCAAGGAUGGGGAUGUUGUGAAGGUAGAGAUCGGACAACUCGGUUACAUUGAGAACAAAAUGGUGUUCCAGAAGGAGUAA